AUGGAUUACUAUGGGAAGUACGCAGCGGUCACUCUAGUCAUGUUGUCCGUGUUUCUGCAUAUUCUUCAUUCUUUUCCAGAUGGAGAGUUCCUCACACAGGGUUGUCCAGAAUGCAAGCUAGGGGAGAACAGGUUCUUCUCAAAGCCAGGAGCUCCCAUUUACCAGUGCACAGGAUGUUGUUUCUCCAGGGCUUAUCCCACUCCCAUGAGAUCAAAGAAGACAAUGCUCGUUCCAAAGAACAUUACAUCAGAGGCAACAUGCUGUGUAGCAAAAGCCUUUACAAAGAUUACCCUUAAGGACAACGUGAAGAUAGAGAAUCACACAGACUGUCAUUGCAGCACCUGCUACUAUCAUAAAUCUUAA